AUGGUGAGCUACGUCAAGGCCGACAACGGCAAAGGGCUUGGGUACUGCAAUGGUUGUUCUGUUCCGGGCUACAAGGUCCCGGCCCGCACCGGCAAGUGGGCGCAAAACGUCAAAGUACGCCGCCUCCCGGGUGGCGAGAUUUGCUCAACUGUCCAACCAGAACCAAAAGUUGUUCUGGAGCCGCUGUGUCAACUGCGAUCCGAAAAACAAGCCCAACUCGACUUGCGCCACAAGACUUGGCAAAGCUCCAACGCGACACGCUGGAGCUGCGAAGACGUCAGCGAGACGCACAUCCGACUCAAGGACAUGGAGGGCAAGUACUUAACGCGCGGCGCAGAGCGGACGAGCCUCGACGGCAACUUGAUCAUGAGCUUGGCCUGGAACGCGACGGCGUCCGCGCCCCAGUUGUGGACCGUGACCACGUGGUGA